AUUAGCUCAGACACCUCGUUGAAUCGAGAGCAAGAUUUUCCUGCUUAGACUACCUUACCUGUGCAUUUACUUGAUUAUGUACACUUAGAAUAUUUGCUACCUAAGGUAUAAGGUAGACAAACACCAAGGAGGCAUAGAAUGGCAAGUCCCCGAAAGCUGUGCAAGUGCCAUGCAGGAUAGCAAACGGGAAAGAGCAAUCAUGCUUUGCCGAUAAACAGUACCAGCCCUUUGCCCUCAAACGAAAUGCAAUGAAAUCGUUUGCUUCAUAGGCAGCCGCCCGGCUGUGAUUCACUGUUUCCAUGCACCUCUUCUCCUUUCUUUCCAUCCCCCCCCUCCGCCUUCUCAACUCUUCCCACCACAAGACUUUACCGUGACCACCAGUCUUUUAAACAUUUCCGUGGCCGGCAUCUCGCACACCUAUCGAUAUUACCUAUUCUUCACCCGCUCUUUCUUCUCUGUUCUCCCUUGAGUAAAGACUGCGCACUGCGGCAUGUAUCGGGGUAGGGGAAGAGAAGUGCCCUCGGGAAGAGGUGGCUUCAUCCCUCCAACUGCUUUCUCAAGGACGCCAAAGUUUGCGUCGACGAAAAAUGAGAAGUUGAAGACAGCUAAAAACAUCUACCAAGGUAGAGAAGAAAAGAUACGGCAAGCCGAGGAUGCUGAACAUCUUGGCCGUCCACCGCCAGAAAAAGAUCUAGUACAGGCGACCCUUGUACUCCCUGGGCAACACUUUCUCCCCAUUGCAUUGGAUGAGCCAGGAGCACUCGACGAUAUCCGCAGAAAGUAUCGGGUCUACAUCACGCGGGAUGUACCAAACAUUCUUGAGAUUCACUGCGAUUCUAUCCAUCGCCUUCAGCAGGCGUUUGAAGCAGUGAACUGGAGAAUUCGGGACAUGCGUCUAUCUAACGACAGUUCUCCUGCGCGUUUCUUUGUACAAAAGCCAACUGAAGCGACUGUUACUGAUAUGAUUCGAUUGGAACUUGGAGCACGCCCAUUCUUUCUUUCGAAAACCUCGAAUCUUGUCACCAACACUUCUGCGAUGGACGAACACUUGCCAAAACUAGCAUCCGACCUGGCGUCCUCGGCAGAAGGCCUCAUGGCACUCACCAAGACCAUGGGCUUACGAGUCAAUUUCGGGCAUAUUAUUAUUGCCAAGAGACCGAGAGGUACUGAAGACGAGAUCACAUACACCGAUUUCGUCAGACUUAUGAACAUGUAUCCCAGUCGUGGAGGAGCCUCGAUUGAAACCAGACUUGAAGACGCUAACGAGGCGGAGCAGCUCUUGCAGUAUAUCUCACGCCCAGAGGCGGGCAUCUGCAAGAACAUAAAAGACAUGAGGCGUGGUUGCGAGGUGGUUGUAAUGGCCAAUGGUCUACGAAUCAAGACCGAGGCCGACUACGAUCCUCAACUUAUGCAACUGGCAAUGGUCCACGCUACUAGGCCAGAGCCCCGGGCACGUUGGAGUUGGACGAUUGCUGCUCCUGACAUGGAACACGAUUGGAAUAUUCGAAUGGACGCUUGGGACAAAGUGGACGUUCCACCAGAGUUCAAAGAUCUUGCAAAGAGGGUAUCGGUUGUCUUCAAACCAGACGAGGGCACCAUUCUCCCUUUGCCAGAAGUCAACACGAGUAAACUUGCGAUCCCCGAUGAGCAAAUCACUGAAAUUCGGGCAAGAUCUUGGGCAAUAGUUCCAUUCAAAGAAUCCGCCUAUGUCCUCAAGAUUAACAUCACCAAGACUCUAAAGGGACCUCGCACGAUUGGAGAGCAAAAUAUUACUUGGGGGGUUGAAUUAUACGCUCUCCACUGGGAAGAAAGUGUGAAUCACGCCAGUGGUGGCCGAAAGUACUGGGGGAAGGGCCUCGAGAAUAUAUGGGAGGAGGGUGAUGAUCUCCAGUCGAGGCUCGGGUGCUUCUUGCGGACCAUAUUGGAGGUCCAAACCCUCCUGAACAGGGUGCAUGCUGAUACUGCCUCGCCAUAG